AUGUCAUUAAAACCAAUUAUCUGUCCAUCUUUAUUAUCAUCAGACUUUGCAUUUUUAGCAAGAGAUUCAAACUAUAUGUUAGAAUGUGGAGCUGAUUGGCUUCAUAUUGAUGUUAUGGAUAAUCAUUUUGUACCAAAUUUAACAUUAGGAGCACCAAUUGUAAAGAGUUUAAGAAAACAUACAAAAGGUUAUUUUGAUUGUCAUUUAAUGGUAACAAAUCCAGAGACAAUGAUUGAAGAUUUUAAGAAUGCAGGUGCAAACUCAAUUACAUUUCAUAUUGAAGCAACCGAACCAAGAGGUAUUACACAAAAGGUGAUUACACAAAUCAAAGAAGCAGGUAUGAAAGUUGCCUUAUGUGUUAAACCAAAAACUCCAAUCGAAGAAGUUUUCCCAUACGUUGAUCAAUUGGAUUUCGUUUUAAUUAUGACAGUGGAACCUGGUUUCGGUGGUCAAUCAUUCAUGAAAGAUAUGAUGCCAAAAGUUAAAACACUCCGUUCCAAAUAUCCAAAUUUAAAUAUUCAAGUUGAUGGUGGUCUCGAUCCAUCAACAAUUGAUAUGGCAGCUGAAGCUGGGGCAAACGUUAUUGUAGCAGGUUCUGCUCUUUUCAAACCAAAUCAAGAUCCAAAAGAAACUAUUAAACUUUUUAAAGAUUCAAUUAAUAAACAUAGUUCGAAUUGA